AAAACAAAAAACAGUGUGAGUCGACCACAUUUUAAGAACAAGCAAGGUUGUGAGAAACCCUAAACACCCAUCAUGUCAGAGCUCAGUGGGAAGGUCCAAACUGUCCUGGGUCUGGUGGAUCCUGACCAGCUGGGACGUACCAUGACCCAUGAGCACCUGACGAUGAGCUUUGAGUGCUGCUACUUCCCUCCUCCUCCAGGUGAUGAGGUGGUGGCGGAGGACCCAUUCCACAUGCAGCACAUGCACUGGCUGAGACAAAACCCCUACAGCUGCCACGAGAACCUGCUGCUGCAGCAGGAGAUCACAGCCGUACGGGACGAGCUGCUGGUCUACAGGAAGGCUGGAGGGGGCACAAUAGUGGAGAACACUACCACAGGCAUCGACCGGGAUCUGCCCACCCUCAAGAAGCUGGCCAAGGACACUGGGGUCCACGUCAUCGCUGGAGCGGGGUACUAUGUGGACUGCACCCACACAAUGGCCACCAAGAAAAUGAGUGUGGAGAAGCUCACCGACAUUAUCGUCAGUGAGGUGCUUCACGGCGCCGAUGGCACAGACAUCCGCUGUGGUGUUAUUGGAGAGAUCGGCACCGGCUGGCCGAUUACGGAGAGCGAGAAGAAGGUGCUGAAGGCCACAGCUCACGCUCAGGCUCAGCUCGGCUGCCCCGUUAUCAUCCAUCCUGGCAGGAAUCCUGCCGCUCCAGCCGAAGUCAUCCGGAUUCUCCAGGAGGCCGGCGGUGACAUCAGCAAAACUGUCAUGUCGCACCUGGACAGGACCAUAUUUGAUGAGGGUGAAUUGCUUGAGUUUGCUAAGAUGGGGAGUUACCUUGAGUACGAUCUGUUUGGAACGGAAAUGCUGAACUAUCCCUAUGACCUGAAGGUGGACAUGCCCAGUGAUAGCCAGAGAGUCAAGGCCUUGGCAUUCCUGGUAAAGGAGGGCUAUGAGGACAAGAUAGUGAUCGCUCACGACAUCCACACCAAGAACCGUCUGACCAAGUACGGCGGCCACGGCUACUCUCACAUCCUGAAGAACAUUGUGCCGAAGAUGCUGAUGAGGGGCUUCACGCAGCACCAGGUGGAUAAGAUCCUCAUCGACAACCCAAAAUGCUGGCUGACCUUCAAAUGAGGCAGAAGAGAGACCCGAGGCAGGCGGUUUUGAUGUAGCCAUAACUUUAUCUUCACAUCAUGACUGAACAACCCACAAUGAAUACUUUGAGAUUCUUGCAAUAAUCACCAGUCCAGACAGAUUCAUAAAUGCACUUUUGGACUCUUAAACCAAUGAGCUUACAGGAGUUGUCCUAAAUUGUUUAUUCUUAUUUUAUUGAGUAAUUUGCUUUAAAUGAAAAGUAAUUCCAGGUUGUUGUUUGAUUUAAACGAAAAGAUUUUAUGGAGAUUGACUUGAACUGGUUCAAGCUUGAUUUUAUAUUUGUGAUUACACAUUAUUCACUUUGUAAGCUAAUUAUAUAAAGGAGCCUUGCAGGAUCACAGUGCCUCUCAUUAGCGGUCUUGUUUUGGCAACAACAAAAAAAAAAGCUUUUGUUUGUCCACAUAAAUAUGAAUACAAUCGAAGGCAAAUAUUUUCCUCACUCUGGAGGUUUUGUCUACAGUGGUGCUAAUUGAUUUUUCAAUGUCAAUGGUAGUGGCUGCUUUCUUUGUAUUUGUUAGUGACAGUUCUGCAAACAUAGAAGGAAAAUAAUGAGUGUGUUUUGUAAUCAGUAUGCCGCUCUGCUCUCGACACAAUGCGGCUGUGUUAGAUGAGUUGUCCUGUUGCCCCUCAGUGGGUGUCUAGUGGAGGCCCAGAUGAAGGACACAUCCUCCUCUCAUCUGGGAAACAGGUGGCUUCACAGGGUGACUUCACACCAUGAUCAAUGGCGUGAUCGCCACAGCUGACUGUGCGCCGUGAAAAAGUGUGUAACUUUUGAUUAAUUUUCUGAGAGGAUUAGGAAGUAAAGCCAGAGGAUUUAAUUUAACAUCAUACUUUACAUUCUAGCUGACAAUCAUACCUAGAGGGGCUCAACAAAUAGCAGGCGGAUCGAUGUCUGUCGUCCAGUUCAAGGGAAUGUUGCUGUCAGUGUGACUGUCCAGUUCUAUGAUGGUGACUAACCACCAAACUACCCUGUCGCUCCAACCAGCUGUCAUAUUGAGACAAGAAAAAUGAGUUACAGUGAUCAUUUUGUGACUGUGCGUCAACACAUUUACAGACUUAUUUUUUCUCUUUCAAGUGUUUUUACGCUGUGCAGAGUUAAAAUGUCAGCUUUUAUAAUCAUGCAUCACUUACAUCUUUUAACAUUUUCACUCAAAAUGCAACAGGUACCUUUUUUUUUAAAUUAAAG